AUGGCAUGUUUGUCUGGACCGAAAAUGUUAAUUGCCUGGAAGGGCCCAGGUAAAGGCUUGAGAGCUCGUAAAACUCGAGUGUGGACAACGUGUGAAGACAAGAAGAGCAUUUGUUUGAGUAGUGUUUCCUUCAAGAUUUUGAUCGAAGAAAACGCGUCUUUGUUUAAUAUCUCGAAUAUGGCAGUUGCAUCUGAGGAAUCCACUAGCAUUUGCAGUCACUGUGACAGAGCAAUUCCUUCCUCAAAUAUUGAUUUGCACUAUGCACAUUGUUCGCGAAAUCUCGAAAAAUGUAAAAUUUGCAGCGAUAUGGUCCCCAAGAAACAUGCCGAGGAACAUUUCUUGAACACUCAUGCUCCGGUAGCAUGUUCACUUUGUAGUGAGACAAUGGAACGUGAAAUUCUAGCUGUCCAUAAAGGUGAAAAUUGCCCCCAAAGGAUUGUCACAUGUGAGUUCUGUGAGUUUCCAUUGCCAGCAAUUGAUCUAGCUGAGCAUCAGGAGGUGUGUGGAAAUCGGACGGAACUCUGUCACAUGUGUAAUAGAUACAUUAGACUACGAGAAAGAUAUAAUCAUGACUCUAGAUGCACUGGCAUGCCAGAUACUACUGUAGGGUCUUCCAGGGAUGUGAGGGAAGCAGAAAGAAGACAGCCACAAGAUCCUCAAAGAAGGCAGCCACAGGAAUUUUCACGCAAACGGCUUCUAUUCACUAUUGCAAUAACUGGCAUUGCUGUUCUAUUAGGAUCAUUUCUGUUCCAGAGGAAAACAGAGAAUAAUCAAAUUAUGCAUUCUACGUUGUCGAUUGAUGGUUAUUUUGUGAAUUUCUCUUUGUCCGGUGUGCAAGUGUUCGUGCUUGUCUUAUGGUUGACUGCAUCCAUGAUGUUUGACGGAUUCGCAGCGGGUUUGGAAGCAGUAGAGUCAGUCAACCAUGAUGAUUGGGCACAGAAAUUGCAGUUUUAUGAAAAUGGGCUUUCAAAGCCCAUGAGUUACAGGGUGCUUGUCUGCAUGGGCCAGAUUUUAAUGAUAAAGCCUAGCGAAGCCGCACUUGCCGAAUCAUCAAUUAUGACAGUUAAUAGAGGUACUCGUGAUGUUGAUAUUCGACAACAGAACAACAAACCAAUACGCUCGCUCGGUGACUGUGGCGGUUGCACACGUCACAACAACGUGACUAACUUCACUUCUCAAAAGCCGGGAGGUGGAGAUUUCGAUCGUGUUCAAAGAGCUUCAAGAGUUAACAAGGGUGGUCGCACCAUGCCAUUUCAAGCAGUCCGACUGUAUAUUCAAGAUCAUCAUGUGGUGAUGGAUAAUGGCAUAGUCCAAGUUACUUUAUCGAAACCAGCAGGAAUUGUUACUGGAAUAAGAUAUGAUGGCAUCGACAAUUUGCUUGAAGUUCUCAAUCGUGAAACAAAUAGAGGGUACUGGGAUCUUCACUGGAAUCCACCAGGAGGCAAGGGAAUAUUUGAUGUGAUUAGUGGAACGAGUUUUAGAGUUGUAGUGGAAAAUGAUGAGCAGGUUGAGCUCUCAUUCACAAGAAUGUGGGAUUCCUCACUUGAAGGAAAAUACAUUCCCUUGACUAUAGAUAAAAGGUUUAUAUUGUUACGUGGCUCCUCAGGCUUCUACUCGUAUGCCAUUUAUGAGCACUUGCAGGAAUGGCCUGGUUUUGAUAUUGGCGAAACAAGGAUUACUUUUAAACUCCGGAAAGACAAGUUUCAGUACAUGGCCAUAGCAGAUAAUCGGCAAAGAUUGAUGCCCCUACCUGAUGACCGCAUGCCAGGAAGAUGUCAAACCCUGGCUUACCCAGAAGCUGUCGUGCUCGUUAAUCCUAAACUGCAAGAACUCACAGGAGAGGUGGAUGACAAGUAUCAAUAUUCAUGCAAAAACGAAGAUAAUCGAGUCCAUGGCUGGAUAUGCUUCAACCCACCUGUGGGGUUCUGGCAGAUCACACCAAGUGAUGAGUUCCGAACUGCUGGGCCCCUAAAACAGAACCUGACCUCUCAUGUUGGCCCCACCACUCUUGCUGUAAGUGACGACUAUAUAUUAGCAAGUGGUGCUUAUGUGGGGCUGGCCCCACCAGGAGAUGUUGGAUCAUGGCAAACAGAAUGCAAGGGCUACCAAUUCUGGACCAGAUCAGACGAGAAUGGCUAUUUCACCAUUAAAAACAUACUCAGUGGGGACUACAAUCUUUAUGCAUGGGUCCCUGGAUUUAUUGGAGAUUACAGAUGUGAUGCUAUCAUGAACAUAAUUUCUGGUUGUGAUACUGAUAUGGGUGAUCUAGUGUAUGAGCCUCCAAGAGAUGGACCCACAUUGUGGGAAAUAGGCAUCCCUGAUCGUUCUGCUGCUGAGUUCUACAUUCCAGAUCCUGAUCCAAAGUUUAUGAAUAAACUUUAUGCCAAUCAUCCUGACAAAUUUCGGCAGUAUGGUUUGUGGGGCAGAUAUGCAGAUUUGUACCCUGAUACAGAUUUGGUUUACACAGUCGGUCUCAGUGAUUACAGAAAAGAUUGGUUCUUUGCUCAGGUUGUCAGGUGCAAUUCUUUCAUCUUCGGCUUUGCUCGACUCCAAUACAGGAGGAAAGAAGAUGAUACACAUGGAGGAACUACAUGGCAGAUCAAGUUCAAACUUGACAAAGUGGAUCGCAGCAGUAGUUACAAACUGCGAGUGGCAAUUGCAUCUGCAACCCUAGCAGAACUGCAGGUUCGUGUUAAUGACGCAACAGCACAACGUCCACUAUUUACAAGUGGAUUGAUAGGGAGGGACAACUCAAUUGCUAGACAUGGGAUUCAUGGGCUCUACCGGCUGUAUAAUGUAAACAUUCCAGGAGUGCGACUAGUUGAAGGAGAGAAUACCGUCUUCUUGACGCAACCGAGAUGCACCAGCCCUUUCCAGGGUCUUAUGUAUGACUACAUACGUCUAGAAGGUCCUUCAUUUUCUGGAUCCAGUAAUGAAGCUUCAAGUUCAUUCAAAAAGAAAUUCUCUGCGAGAUCCAUGAAAUUGCUUUGUAUCAACUAUCCUUUUCCUCCAAUUGGUUUAGUUGUGAGCAUACUUCCUGUUUCCAUUCUCACGUCAAGGACUAAAAUUGAUUUGUGGUGUGUUGGUUCGGGGGCAGCGUUUCAUGGAAAGAGCCUUAGCAAUAUGCCACAUUUAGGGGUGCAACUCCUUGUUCAAGAUCGUCAUGUGGUGAUGGAUAACGGAUUACUGCAAGUCACCUUGUCAAAUCCAGAAGGAAUUGUCACCGGCAUACGAUAUAGUGGCAUCGACAAUUUACUUGAAGUUCUAAAUGAUGAAUCUAAUAGAGGGUACUGGGACCUCGUAUGGAACGCAGCAGGAAGCGCGGGCACUACCGGAAUUUUUGAUGUGAUUAAAGGAACAAGUUUUAAGGUUAUAGUGGAAACCGAAGAACAAGUGGAGGUCUCAUUCACAAGAACAUGGGAUUCCUCACAAGAGGGCAAGCUCGUUCCCCUGAACAUAGAUAAAAGGUUUGUAAUGCUUCGUGGUUCCUCAGGAUUCUACUCUUACGCCGUCUAUGAACAUGUAAAAGAUUGGCCUGGUUUUAACCUUGGCGAGACUAGGAUUGCAUUCAAGCUCAGAAAAGACAAGUUUCACUACAUGGCCGUAGCAGACAAUAGACAAAGAUUCAUGCCAUUACCUGAUGACCGAUUGCCGCCAAGAGGUCAACCCUUGGCCUAUCCCGAGGCAGUUCAGCUUGUCAAUCCUGUGGAGCCAGACUUUAAAGGAGAGGUGGAUGAUAAGUACCAAUACUCAAUCGAAAAUAAAGACAACAAGGUACACGGGUGGAUAUGUAUGGACCCGCCAGUAGGGUUCUGGCAAAUUACACCGAGCGAUGAGUUCCGAUCCGGUGGACCAGUUAAACAGAACUUAACCUCUCAUGUCGGCCCAACCACCCUUGCGAUGUUUCUCAGUGCUCAUUAUUCGGGAGAAGAUUUGGUGCCGAAAAUUGGAGCUGGUGAGGCAUGGAAGAAAGUAUUUGGACCCAUGUUUAUUUAUUUUAAUUCUGUGAUGGCUGGAGACGACCCUCUUUCGCUUUGGGAGGACGCUAAAUUGCAGAUGUUGAUUGAAGUCCAAAGCUGGCCUUAUGAUUUUCCAGCUUCGGAGGAUUACCAAAAAUCGGAUCAACGAGGGAAUGUUAGUGGCAGACUAUCGGUGCUAGACAGGUUUGUCAGCAAUGAUUAUAUACCGGCGAAUGGAGCUUAUGUUGGACUAGCCCUACCAGGAGAUGUUGGAUCGUGGCAAAGAGAAUGCAAGGAUUACCAAUUCUGGACCAAAGCAGAUGAGGGCGGCUAUUUUUCCAUUAAUAAUGUACGCACUGGUGACUAUAACCUUUACGCAUGGGUUCCUGGCUUUAUUGGUGAUUAUCGGUAUGAUGUUGCCAUUACUAUUACCUCAGGUUGUGACAUUGAGAUGGGUGAUCUCGUGUAUGAGCCUCCAAGAGAUGGGCCAACGUUGUGGGAAAUAGGCAUCCCUGAUCGUUCGGCUGAAGAGUUUUAUGCUCCCGAUCCUAAUCCUAAGUACAUCAAUAAACUCUAUGUCAAUCAUCCUGAUAGGUUUAGGCAGUACGGACUGUGGGAAAGAUAUGCUGAGUUAUAUCCCGAUGGAGAUUUGGUUUACACCAUUGGUGUUAGCGAUUACAGAAAGGAUUGGUUCUAUGCUCAGGUUACCAGGAAGAAAGAUUCUAAUACAUACCAGAGAACUACAUGGCAAAUCAAGUUCAACCUCGACAAAGUGGAUCCAAACGGCAUCUAUAAACUGCGUGUAGCACUGGCAUCAGCUACUGUUUCCGAAUUGCAGGUUCGAAUAAAUUAUCCAAAAGCAAAUCCUUUAUUUUCGAGCGGAUUAAUAGGGAAGGAUAACUCGAUUGCAAGACAUGGAAUCCAUGGACUCUAUUGGCUGUAUAGCAUAGACGUACCAAGUGCUCGACUUGUUGCUGGUGAGAACACAGUGUUUUUGACACAACCUAGAAGCACCAGCCCUUUCCAGGGGAUUAUGUAUGAUUAUAUUCGUUUGGAAGGUCCUCCUUCUUCUAGUUCGAACAAGAAAACCUGA